CAUAAAUUUCCUUGUUGAAUUCAAUUCUAGAUUUACUGAUUUUAUAGCAAAAUCUUCGCAUUGAUUUUCAGUAUAUGCUCAAACUGAUCUUCCAACGAAGGGGAUACCGAUCCAAAUCUCAAUCCAGUUUGAUUGAUUGAUUGAUACUGGGAGCUAAACAAUCAGAUGGCAGAAGAUGGAUCGAUUGUUCAAUCAUCGUCGUCGGCGGCGUCGGCAAUAGAGCAUAAGGCCAAUGCGAGGAUAGGCUUGCUCGGAAAUCCAAGUGAUGUCUACUAUGGCCGUACUAUCUCCUUCACCAUUGACAACUUCAGUGCUUCCGUCCGUCUUGUUCCUUCCGAACAUCUCAUCGUUACUCCUCAUCCUAUUCACGAUUUCGUCCAGUUCAAAUCUCUAUCAAACUUGGUUGAUCGUUUAAACACGGAAGGUUACUAUGGAGGUGUUCGUCUUCUUAUGGCAAUUUGUAAAGUUUUUCAUAAUCAUUGUAAUGAGAACAAGAUUGAUCUUCAUCAACGUAAUUUUACAUUGUCUUACGACACAAAUAUCCCGCGGCAGACUGGGCUUUCUGGUUCAAGUGCUAUUGUAUCUGCUGCUCUAAAUUGUCUUCUCGACUUCUACAAAGUUAGGCAUUUGAUUAAGUUAGAGAUCAGACCUAGCAUUGUCCUCGCAGCUGAACGAGAAUUAGGGAUUGUUGCUGGUCUGCAAGACAGGGUAGCACAGAUCUAUGGAGGACUUGUUUAUAUGGAUUUUAACAAGGAGUAUAUGGACAAAUUUGGGCACGGAGUUUAUACGCCCAUGGAUGUCAAUCUUCUUCCCCCUCUAUAUCUUAUCUAUGCCCAGAAUCCUAGUGAUUCUGGAAAGGUUCACAGUAGUGUUAGACAAAGAUGGCUUAAUGGCGACAACUUCAUAAUAUCUUCAAUGGAAGAAGUUUCAACUAUAGCCUUAGAUGGACAAAAGGCUUUGCUUGAAAAGAACUAUGCCAAACUCGCCAGCCUCAUGAACCGUAAUUUUGACUUAAGAAGGAUGAUGUUUGGAGAGGAUGUUCUUGGUGCGAUAAACAUAGAGAUGGUGGAAGUUUGUAGAAGAUUGGGUGCAGCUUCGAAAUUUACAGGAAGUGGAGGUGCGGUAGUUGUGUUGUGUAAUGAUGGACCUUCACAAGUAAACCGUUUGGAAGAUGAAUGUCGAAAAAUCGGUUUUGUACUCGAGAAAGUUCGAGUUUCUCAGCCAUGUAUGCAUGAAGAAGACUGAUUUAUAUAUGAUCGAAUUUUAUUGGUUUCAUUUUAAGACAAGAACUAUUGCAUUUCCACUAGGGUUGGAAAACAGGUCGAAUAUCUAAUACAAUUGGUAUGAAUUGUUUUUUUGUUACAA